AAUAACGCUGUGUUUGCUAGAGAACGCUAUGCUUAGAUGAACACAGUCAAAGCUUCACACCCUUAGCAAAACGAAUCUCUUGGAGAAUUUACCGUACGCGCCGAUGAUGCCCGAAACAAGCUUUGGAUACACCAUCUUCUCUACCGCGAUGGCCCUGGAAAAUGACACGUCCUUGAACAAAACAUCAUGUCCAUCCAUUGAUGACUUCCGCAACCAAGUGUAUUCCACUGCCUACUCAAUCAUCACCGUUUUUGGCCUGGUGGGGAACGGCUUUGCCCUACUCGUCCUCCUGCGGACGUUCCGCCAACGCUCGGCCUUCCACAUCUAUAUGCUGAACCUGGCCGUGUCGGACAUACUGUGCGUGAGCGUGCUGCCACUGCGCGUUGCCUACUAUGUCAACAAGGGCCAGUGGAACUAUGGCGACUUCCUGUGCCGCAUCAGUUCCUACACGCUCUAUGUCAACCUCUACUGCAGCAUCUUCUUCAUGACAGCCAUGAGCUUCACGCGUUUCCUGGCCAUCGUCUUCCCCGUGCAGAACCUCAAACUGGUGACGGAGCGCAAGGCGCGUGUCGUCUGCAUCUGCAUCUGGGUGUUCAUCUGCGCCACCAGCUCGCCAUUCCUCAUGCAGGGCGCGUAUUUGGACAUGAAGACCAACAAGACCAAGUGCUUUGAACCGCCCCAGGGCAAGAGCAGCAAGGGCCUGGGCAAGCUGAUGGGUCUCAACUACUUCUCCCUGGUGGUGGGCUUCAUAAUACCCUUCCUGGUGAUCAUGCUGUGUUAUGCAGGGAUCACGCGGGCACUGCUGGCCCGCACCAACGGCUCGCAGCAGAAGCAGCGCGCCACGCGCAUCAAGGCCAUCCGCAUGAUAAUCAUCGUCAUGGUGACGUUCCUGGUCAGCUUCAUGCCGUACCACAUCCAACGCACGGUGCACCUGCACUUCAUGAGCCGCAUCGACACCACCUGCGAAGAGGUCAUCACCAUGCAGAAGUCCGUGGUCGUCACCCUCUGCCUGGCCGCCUCCAACUCUUGCUUCGACCCGCUGCUCUACUUCUUCUCCGGGGAGAACUUCCGCCGCCGCCUCUCCACCUUCCGCAGGCCAUCCGGCAUCAGCAGUGGCACGCGAAAGGCUACUCCGUCCAAUGUCCUCCAGCCAUUGGAGGAGGGCGACCAGUAGGCUUGCAAUGGGCCCAGCAAAGUUGUGUAAAACUGUAAGAUGCCACAGCGGCAGCAUAGAAAGCGAGACAGUGAGAAGAGAAUGAUUGAGAAAGAGAGAGAGCGCUAGAGAGAGAGAGAGGAAGAGUGGAUGAGAAUGAUAUCAAACUAACUAAGUAUUAUCUGUCUCAGAAAAUAUGAAGCGUGAGAAAGGGUCAUUAUGACAGGUCAGUGUAACUACUGAAAGGCGACAGCUCCAGGGAAAACCUCUGAAAGAAAACAGAAGGAGAAGCUUAAGAUAAGGCUUCUCAGACCACUGAAGGAUAUCUGUCUGUUGCACUGUAACCACUUGGGUGAAGAAGUUAUUUAAAAAGAUGAAGUAGGGAUGGGGUCAUGCAAGUCAUUAUAAAAAGAGGAAGAGGGAGGAAGGGGAUCCCCUCCCCUUUUAUAUAGGCUUCUCUUAAAUAAGCCAUAUUCUUGCCUGUAAGAAAUACAUUCAAUGGUCAGAGCAAACUGCUGAUUGCUUUUACGCAUCAUAUCAGCAACUGAGUUUAUUAUAAAGGUCUGUUCAACAAGUGUGCUGUAAUCUGUCAUAUUUAAACAUCACAUAAUUGUGUAGUCUGUGAAUGUAUGUUUCUCCAAUACUGUCUGGUUGUGUAAUUGAACAAGAUUUUGUUUAUGCAUUACUGUAUAUGAUGGCUACACCCUUGCAUAAAGUAUAUAGUAACCUUUUAUUAAUAUAUGUACAUAAAAUAAACUGAUAUGGGAGAUAAAAAAGGCGAUCCAUUAAAUGUAUCACGUGACUCUUUUUCUAAUAACCACUUCAGUGUAUAUACUGUAACCAGCGCAAUCCAUUGUCUAGCCAUGCUGUGGUCCAUUUGUGAGUAAUGUGCAGCUAAAUCAUAUUAAGUGCUUGUUUGAGUGCGGGGUGUUUAAGAUGUAGUCAUUCUCCAGGGUCAAUACACAGAAGGACUUACACAGGCAACCUGAAGCCAAUCUUCACAUCAUGCACAUGGUAGCCUUAUGCCAUCUGCUGACGUAGCCUAAAGUUUUACAGCAUUUAAUUCUGGACUUCAUGUGUGGGCUGUGCCGUUUAAAAUUUGAAAAUAGAUUGUGAUAAAUAAUGGCUUCCUGCAUGGGUUAAGCUCUGUACUGGCCACUGUCAGAAGUCACAUCCUGUUUUUUUAUGUUUUUAUACCGACUACAUAACAUCUGUAAGUGCCCUGGCCAUGCAUAACAGCAUGUUAACUAUUGAGAGCUUGUGAGCCUUCAAACAAAUUGUUUCCUAAUCGAACUCACCGUCAUCUAAAGCUGGAACGAUUGAUUGAUUCAUUGACAAAUCAAUAUUAAACUAAUUGCUAAAGAUUUGCUGUUGUCUUUCUGCAGUCUAGUUUGAUGAUUUCUGCAGUGAUCUGGUGAAUUUGUUCCUCUGAAUGUGAAUGUCUCUUUGUAGCCAAAAGAAAAGGAAGUCAUCUUGGGCGGCACCGUUUCACCAUUUUCUGAUAUGUUUUAGAAAACUAUUUCAUAACCUAUAAUUGUAGUAAUUUAUAAAUAUUAAACUGAAUUGACUUCAGAGAGAGAGAGUGCAUCCAUGUGCAUAUGUGUGAAAAGGGAAACACAUCUCUGUCAACACGA